UGAGUGUUGCUCCGCGAGAUUCCUACUCCCGUUUCUCGCUUGGAUCCAUCGGGGUUUGCACAAAAGCCAAGAACGACGCACAAUAGAGCGAUGGCCUCCGAGCUGGACCAUUGGAUCGAGAUUGCGAAAGAGUGCAAAUAUCUGCCAGAGAAUGAUCUCAAAAAGUUGUGCGACAUCGUGUGCGAGCUACUGAUGGAGGAAUCGAACGUACAACCCGUCAGCACGCCCGUGACGGUGUGCGGCGAUAUUCACGGACAGUUCUACGAUCUAGAGGAACUGUUCCGCACCGGUGGUCCGGUGCCGGACACGAGCUACAUCUUUAUGGGCGACUUUGUCGAUCGUGGGUACUACAGUCUGGAAACGCUCACACGGUUACUCACUUUGAAGGCACGGUAUCCGGACAAAAUCACGCUCCUCCGAGGGAACCAUGAAUCGCGCCAGAUCACCAAAGUAUACGGGUUUUACGACGAGUGUUACACAAAGUACGGCAACGCUAGUCCGUGGAAGUAUUGCUGCCGAGUAUUUGACCUGCUCACGAUUGCCGCGCUAAUCGAUGAGAGUGUGCUGUGUGUGCACGGUGGCCUCAGCCCGGAGAUUAAAACGCUCGAUCAAAUCCGCACCAUUAACCGUGACCAAGAGAUACCGCACAAGGGUGCGUUCUGUGAUCUGGUGUGGUCCGAUCCGGACGAUAUUGACACGUGGGCCGAAAGUCCUCGAGGCGCUGGUUGGCUAUUUGGUAUUGAAGUAACGGUGGACUUUAUGCAUAUCAAUGAGCUGAACCUAAUUUGCCGGGCGCAUCAGCUCGUGCACGAAGGCAUCAACUAUCAGUUUAAUCAGAAGCUGGUGACGGUCUGGUCAGCGCCGAACUACUGUUACCGCUGUGGCAACGUGGCCUCAAUACUGUCCCUAAACGGCACGGACGAGCCGGUGGUUAAAAUCUUCAAAGCUGUCCCGAAUGAGCAACGAGUCAUACCGAGCCAACGCAUCACUCCCUACUUCCUGUAGGAGCUGCCGCCUCUACCACACCAUGUGCCCUUCCGAGUAAUUUAAGCUGACGAUCUGGCGUGGCCGCUCCUAUUGUUGAUGUACACACUUUUGCGCAAUA